AUGCUGCUGAUAUUCCGCUGGCUGUUGCUACUAUGGGCGUGGUUUGCGGUUGCCCUUGGCUUCCUGCCGUUUGACUCCCCCGAGUUCUGUCUGCAAAAUAUCACCCUGACGUGCAACACCACCUUCCACUACAUCGACAACAUCAAUGCCGCCCUCCGGACCAAAGUGAGCCAGCUCGCCACUACCGACUACGUGCGCUACUUCAAGCUUGAUUUGGACAAGCAGUGCAAAUUCUGGAACGCCCAGCACUUCUGCGCCACGGAAAACUGUGCCGUGGAGGUGUUGGCCGAUGACCAGUAUAACUGGACCGACGUUGCCGACGACGACUUAAAGCCCCUGCGGUUGGGCAAAAUUUACCAGCCCACCGAUACUCCUGGCGGUCCUAAGCACGGUGCCAACACCUGUGAGGAUUUGGACUACUGCCACAUCGAUGACGGCCACCUGUGUGUCUACGUCGAUUUGGUGGAAAACCCGGAACGGUUUACUGGUUAUGGUGGUGCCCAGCUGUUUGCGGUGUGGAAAGCGAUUUAUUCCGAGAACUGCUUCCCCAAUACUAACCCGAUGCUGAUGACGCUGGCGACCCCCGAAAAGUGUGUGGAGAAAAACUUAUUCUACCGCUUAGUGCUGGGGAUGCAUGCGCUGAUUGCCGUCCACUUAUCCAAUGAGUACUUGAACCCCACGACGGGCGAGUUCUACCCCAAUUUGGCGGUGUUUAUGGAGCGGGUGGGCCAGUUCAACGACCGGUUAUCCAACAUCUAUUUCAAUUACGCCCUUGUGUCGCAGGCAUUGGUCAAAGUGAACCAGUUGGUGCCGCUUUCCCAGUUUAUCACCUCCAACGAGAACACGUUGGUGGUGCUGACGAUGCGCCACUGCAAUGUCAGCGACGCUGUCUACCCCUUUGACAGCGACACCGACUCCGUCGCCGCCAGCCUCGUCGACGAGAUCGUCCCCGUGCUCGGCCAGGAGACGCUCUUUGACACCCUGACCCUCUUCAAUCCCGCCACCACUCCGCCAAACUUGAAGAACGAGUUCCGGCUGCGGUUCAAGAACAUCCUGGCGAUCAUGGACUGUGUUGGCUGCGACCGCUGCCGCAUGUGGGGCAAGGUGCAGACGAUCGGUUACGGCACCGCUCUCAAGAUCUUGUUUGAGGACGACGUUGACAACUUACACUUCCGCCGUAUCGAGAUCGUGGCGUUGCUCAACACCUUCGACCGGUUGCUGAAGCUGUUGGAGGCGAUUGCCAACUUCAAGCAAAUGUACUUGCAGCACCUCGACGACGUGCGCGCGGGCAAGGCUAAGCGGGGCGAUUACGAGUCGCGCUCGUUUGCGUUCCCUAUGAAUGGCGCUCGGAGUCCGUUCACUCUUGAUAGCGGUGCCACCGGUAAAGAUGAGACUAAGUCAGCUCCGCAAACGUCGUCGGUACCUGACAAAAACCCCGACACCCCUCUCCUGGCGUGGGAGAAGUUUCAAGGGGAAUGGGCGGCGGCGAUGGAUGAGUUCAAGCUCGCGGCCCAUUUCGUAUUGCGCAGCUAUCUCAACUUCCCCCGCUUGGUGUGGAACACGGCCUGGCUUUACUUGCUGACCUACUGGGACUACUUCCUCGGGAAGACGGUGUACGUAGACCCCACGGUGGUGUCGAUGCACAGCUAG